AUUUACGCAAUGCCUGUCGCCCAACUCCCCGCCAUCACGGGCAAGCUCCGCAAGCGCCUGAUUCUCGACCUCAGCGUUGCCCUCGGCGGCGGCACCGUCGCCGGCUACGGCUACUGGUACGGCGUCCACCUCCCUUCCGUUCAGCGUCGCGACAACUACUACGCCAAGCUUCAAAGCGAGGGCAAGCAGGCGUAAAGAGCACGCGGGGAAGCCAUCAAGGCCUCGUUCAAUCGUGCAAACAGAAAUGGCAAUAAUUUGACACCGAGCAUGUUCAGGGGGAGAGGGAAGGAGGUGCCAUCACGGCUGCUGCUGCUGUUGCUUUCCUCUCGCGUAGGAGAGGCCGGCGCCCGCGAUGUUUGAGCCGAGAGACGUCUUUGCUGCGUGAAGAGCGUUUGGAAAGGGCCUGGACCUGGGGACGGUGCAUCAAAUUCUGGGAUCUGAGAUCUAUAUA